AUGAAAGACCCGUCCAAUCCCAAACAGCCUCGCUUCCUGGUUAUAGGCGCUGGCUCUCGCGGAAAUGCCUACGCUCGCGCCGUAAAUACUGCAACAACGGGCGUGAUUCACGCCGUUGCCGAACCGCAUGCCGUGAAACGCCGCGAAUUCGGCCGCAACUACAUCUGGAAAACCGUUCCCAGCGCUGGGCAGGAGUUCGCAGACUGGCGUGAAUGGAUAGCGUGGGAACUUGGGCGCCGGAACUCGGCCGAGUCAGCAAACACUGUCGGCGUGGAUGGUGUGUUUAUCUGUACACUGGACGAAACACACGUGGAAAUUGUCCAGGCUGUCGCUCCACUUAAGCUGCAUAUUCUCUGUGAGAAACCUCUUGCUCUUUCGCUGGAUGACUGCUUGACGGUUUACCGUACGCUCCAGCCGCCGGAGGGCUCGAGUGUAACGCCUCCUGAGAAGAUAUUCUCAAUCGGCCAUGUCCUUCGCUACAGUCCGCAUAAUAUCCUCCUUCGAAAACUCUUGGCCGAUCGCGUAAUUGGCGAUAUAAUUUCCUUGGAGCAUUGCGAGCCUGUCGGGUGGUGGCACUUCUCUCACAGCUAUGUGCGCGGGAACUGGCGACGCGCCACGGCGGCGGGGGAUGGGUCCCUCCUUACGAAAUCCUGUCAUGAUAUUGAUUUUAUUAUGUGGCUACUCUGUUCCCCGCCUACUCCGGAGACGGGCACGCAGCAGACGCUCCAGCCACAUUUCCCGCGAUCCAUAUCUUCUGCAGGAACCAUGACGCAGUUCCGGCGCAAGCGCAAACCUGCCACUGCUGGUAAUGCGACGAAUUGUCUCUCUUGUCCUGCGGAGCCAGACUGUAGCUACAGUGCUGUGAAAAUCUACAAUGACCGCCAUUUGGCACAAGGACACACGGCUUGGCCUGUUGAUAUCGUUUGUCCCGACAUCGAGGACGUUUUUCGUGCACAGGGCAGCAAAGCUGCUGAGUCCCUGCUUCUCGCCCGUCUUGGCGAGGAUUAUGACCGGACUACAAUGGCUGAUGAGACUAUUGCUUCACGGCCCUGGUAUGGGCGCUGUGUCUACGAGGCAGACAAUGAUGUCUGCGACGACCAGGUGGUAACGCUGGCUUGGGACGAUGAAGAGACAGCGCCGCACCGGCUUGCCAAAACGGCCUCCUUCCACAUGAUUGCUCCCACGGAGAAGCAAUGUGAGCGACGAGGUCGUGUCUAUGGCACAACCGGUGAGAUCGCAUAUGAUAGUCAUUCGAUCUCAAUCUACGAUUUCGGGACGCAGAAGACUUCUACCAUUGAUGUACCGAAGCCGCCUCCUGAUCAGAAGGAGUCACAUGGCGGUGGGGACUAUGGACUCGCUAGACAGUUUGUCAGCGCCGUCGAGGCCGUUGAAAACGGUGGAGUGGACGUUGAAACUGCGCAGGCACGGUUUGUCGGGUGUUCACUUGAAGAGGUAGUUCGCAGCCAUGCAGUUGUUUUUGCGGCCGAGGAAGCGAGGAGGGAGGAGAAGGUCAUUAAAUGGGAAUCUUGGUGGAGUGAAAAACUGGAAACCUCUGCUGCAGCAUGUAAGACACAAGCAUAG